GUCACCGGUGUGAAUGAUGGAAAAUAUAGGCGUUCAACCUUAUAUGUUUGAACCUGUCUCAGAUGAUGAUGAAGAUGAAGAUUUUGUACCACAACCAAUUGUUAGGAGAUUGGAUAUGAACGUUUCUGAAUGGUGUACUUGUGGAAAUUGUGCACGCAUGACUCUCGAGACAGAACUUGUAUGUUGCAGGGAAAUACCACAGGUCACAAGAAGAAUGAGCCAAGUUCCGGAAGAGAUAUCGUGCAUGACAGACCAUCCCGGCCUUGAACCUGUGUGCUUAAACUUAUAUUCUUUGCAAAAUGCAAUGAAUGUUUAUCGAGCUGACCAUGGGCGUUUAAGACUCAGAGGGAUGGAAAGGCAGUGCAGAUAUUUGGCCUACAGGUGGUUUGUUAGCUGGUGCUGGGGUUUCCUUGGACGUAGUGUACGAGUUGUCAUUCCCUCAUGUGUGGUGCUGCGCAUACGAAGGGAGUUCCCUAAUGCUGCAGGGCAAUAUGUCGGAUUCAGACCCCCCCUUGACUGA